CGAGCGGUUCGGCGGAAGAGUGCAGGCUGAGGAGACUGCCAGCCGCGGAGUUCGAGUCCGUAAGCGUCCUCCGGAGGAGUGUGCCUGGGCCUGGACGGCCGGGCCUCCUGCCGCUGGACCAGCCUGUGAGGAACGCGGAGCCUCCCGGACGCGGGCGCCUCCCCUUAGGUGCCCGCCGCCCUGCCUGCGCCGCCUCCUCGCGCACGGGACUCUUUCCCCAGGCCGCGAGUCAGGCGGAGCCGCUGCUUCUGCUUUCCAGCGUGCUUUUUGCAUCGUUUGACAUUUGGGGUUGAGUUAAACCCGGGCCGCCCUCGAAGAAGGACCCGUUUGUUUUUUGUUAUUAUUUUUUGUGUGUUUCCAACAUGGCAGCCUCCAGCCGCGCACAAGUGUUAGAUCUGUACCGGGCGAUGCUGAGAGAGAGCAAGCAUUUCAGCGCCUACAAUUACAGAAUGUAUGCUGUCAGGAGGAUAAGAGAUGCCUUCCGAGAAAAUAAGAAUGUAAAGAAUCCUGUAGAAAUUCAAGCCCUGGUGAAUAAAGCCAAAAGAGACCUUGAAAUAAUCCGUAGACAGGUAAGAUGGGUUGGUGACAGACUGCUUUUCAUUGUGCAUAUUCAGCUUUGACAUUCCCUCCUUGAUUGGACAUCACUGCUUUGGUGUUUGUGAUUUCCACUGCAGGAUGGUGAGGCACUGUCCUCUUUUCUAGUGCAGACAUGCCAGGAUGAACUAUCCUAUCACCAGAUUCAAGGACAUCCUACAGGAGAAUACCAGCUUUCCAGGACUUCCAGGGCCUGGUUCAUCUAGGAAACAGAGCUCUCCUGUUUUACUAAAGUUGAUGCCUUGAGUGUGAGAAACUGGGAACGGGGGGAACUGCUUUUUAAUCCAAGUGUCUUUAGGAUGUACAUGGCUACAUGACUUAUAUCAAAGCACAAAUAUAUCCUCCUUUUUCUCGUUUUUCUCACCAGAUUUUAAGAUGAAUAGAAUGGGCUAUAAGCAUGACCUAUGUUACCAUGUGGAAGGCGUGUUUGCAGAUACAGGGUACAGAACACAUCUGUUGACAUGCUGACCUGCAGUGGCCCCCGAGAGGUCUUUCUGAUUUCAUUGUGCUCAGUGUCAGGAGUCACCCUGACUCAGGCUUCUUGUUCUAGAGCUUUGUAAGGCGAGUCUCUCACACAUGGAAGCAUGUCUCCUGACUAGUGUGGUAGUGUGAAAUAUCCGUCUUCUGAAGUAAUUGAAGUGUCAAAGACUGGUGUAGUCUUCUAUUGAUUGGCUUUCUGCCCUAAACUUCCCAUUUCACUUUUCUUCAAAUUGGCACAGCUCCAUUUCUGUUUUUACCUCUUACUGCAAAUUUGUUUAUGCAGUGUGGAGGGGGCACAUUUCCAAAGUUCUGUUGUAUUCUGGAACGGGAUUUGUGAGCCCCCUACUUAGGAGAGUCCUGCUUGGCCAACAUUGCCUCUGAUUCAGUAUUUCCCUGGCUCUUUCCACAAUUGUCUCAAAAUAGAAUUUAAACAAAAAAAAAGAUAUUUAAAAAACGAGAUUUGCAUUUUGUGUCAAGAUUAAACCUGUUUCUGUUGCCUACAUAAUGGAGCACUCUCUUCAAGAGUAGCAUCAAGCUGGGCAGUGGUGGCCCACACUUGGGAGGCAGAGCCUGGUGGAUCUCUGUGAGUUUGAGGCCAGCCUAGUCUACAGAGCGAGAUCCAGGACAGGCACCAAAAACUAUACAGAGAAACUCUGUCUUGAAAAAUAAAAAAAAAAAGAACAGCAUUAAACUCUGAUAAUCCUCUGAGUCCCGCACUUGUCUAAUCAGAAUAAUCGAGCCACAUUUGGAUGUGCCUAGGAAAUGAUUGACAGCUAAAGGCCUGAAAAAGUAAUAAGGUCACCAGGAAAAGCCCAGUCUACACAUUUAUAUAUAUAGGUGAGAACUACAGAUACAUAUGUCACUUGGAAAACUCUAGUGAACUACAAAUACAUCUGGCACUUUCUAGUCUCUGGUGAUUGGAUCAUUUCAUGGGAUCCUCUAGUGGUAGAAUUUUGGAAGAUAAGCAGCUUGAGUCUGUAUAUUAUAUAAAUGCACAAUGAUUCGGGUCUUUGGCACUUUCUCUGUGCAGAAAUUGGCAAGCAUGAUCAGAACACAAGCUCCAUUGAAAAGGGGACCUAUAAGUAAUCUCUGCCACCAUUUCUCAUGUCUAAUCUUUGUCUGUAUUACCUCUUGGUUUGAAAUGCUAAAAAUAUUCUCAAAAGAUAAGCCAGGGCUGGGGUCAUGGCUUAAUGGUAGAACACUUGCCAACUGUGGGCAGAGCUCUUUAGUUCUAGCCCCAAAACUGCAAAGAGAAAACAAACCAAAAUAUAAAAAGACUAGACAGACUAUGGCUCAGUCAACAUUCCCAGUAAAUUUACACUGAGAACAGGCUGGGACAUCAGGAGAAAUGGACUGUGAGCAAGGUGGUGAUGCCCAUCUCAGGACAGCCUGGUGACUGAACUUUCCUCCUGAAAGAUGCCCAUUGCCUUCUUCCAAGGUUUCCAUGGUAACCUAGUAGAGCCACAUGUUCCCAUCUUAGAGAGGCCUGACUAAGGCAGCAUACUCACUGCACUGGAAAACUUAGCCAGUUAUACCUGAGCAAGCAGCUAAUUCUAUUUACUUCCCUUUCAUGUCAAAUCUUCCUGUAUCCAAGUGCCACAUUCACCACAGUAAAGUAUUCACUGAGCCAACUUGCUACAAGCUGUCAUAAGCUGGCCUUACAGCAAAGGCCUAAAGUAAGAGAGGAAACUAGAUUGUCACACUAUCUGUGCAUUAGCCAUUGUCACUGCUGUCUCAGUUUCCUUAGUGUGUCCCCUGGGUUCUAUUCACACACUAGACCGGUCUUUUUCUGAAGAAAGGAUCAGAUUGAGUCACUGUCUUCCUGAACUCCCCCAGAGGCUUCAAAGAAGCAGCUUGACAAUAAAACAUGAAAUUCUCAAGAGAUCCUCAGAGGCCCUUCACUGCUCUCAUCCCCGUCACCUUCACUGUUCACACCAUUGCUGGUCCUGGUGCACAACCAGCCUUCACCCCCUCUUCCCAGAGGAAUCCAGCCAGAUUCCCAAGGUAUGGUUUUCCUCUUUAACCAUGCUGUUUAAAACAGCUAUUUGCCCUUAUUCCUCAGAGCACUUAUCAAUACCUUAAAUAUUAGUACUCAGAGCCUUAUCUGUUUUGUCCCACCCCAUGAGGACAGGAUCUGACCUGUGUCAUAGUCACUGCUUCCACAAGAGCCUAUCUGCAUUAAGUCCAGACUUGGCCUACCAUGUGUAUGACUGAACCUCUCAGUGCCUGGUGGCAAAUACAAGUGGGGAUAGUGGUGUUGUAGCAAGCAUCAAAUAAGGUAAUUAAUAUAUGAAAAGCCCCUGAAAUGAUAGUAGUGCAUGGCAAGUAUGUCCAUUCUUUUUUGGUUUUUUUGUUUUGUUUUGGUUUGGUUUUUGGUUUUUCAAGACAGGGUUUCUCUGUGUAGUUUUGAUGCCUGUCCUAGAUCUCACUCUAUAUAGACCAGGCUGGCUCUGCCUUCUGAGUGCUGGGAUUAAAGGCGCACACCACCACUACCUAAGUAUGUCUAUUCUUACCUACCAUGUAAAGAACAGGCUCACAUAGAACUGACUUCUAGUGUUUGUUAGCUAAAUGAAAAUGUGCAGUUUGUCCCGAGAUCACCUCAGGCAAAGGAUCUGUGCUAUCAAAAUGGUGAUGUUUUCAACUUGGAACCCAAGAUACCUAGAACUUACUUUUAGAAAGCCUGAAUUGUGGAAGGAUGGGAGAGAGCUCAUGAACUGUGGUCGCUUUCCUAUCAAGCCCUACUACUGGAGCUGGUGGACCUCACACACCCACAGGUUGUAUACCAAUUCAGUCACAGUUCCUCCCAGUUCUUUGAAACAGAAGCCAGGGCACCAACCCAGCUGUCAGAUACACUGAUUCUAAAGGCAGCACCCCAGCUGAAAUUCCGCCUACCUUAUAUGAUGUAACCUGCUACCCUACUUGCUAGUCGCCCUUCUUGUGGCAGCUUCUUCAGUCAUCCUGGGGGUUAUGAGGCCACCAAAGCCCAGUAAGAUUUUGCAAUUUUUAAAGAAUUCUCCAAAACAAAAACGAAGGUUCCAGGACAGCUGAACCUUGUUUUUUCCAAGGACAAAGGGCCAAAUGUGAGCUCAUAUCUUCUCAGUCUUUAGCAAGCUCAGAAAUUCAAGGGCAUUAUUAGCUCUCGAGUCAGUAGAACCUAGUAGAUAAAAGUCAUAUUGCCUUUUUUUUUUUUUUUGGUUUUUCGAGACAGGGUUUCUCUGUGUAGCUUUGCGCCUCUCCUGGAACUCACUUGGUAGCCCAGGCUGGCCUCGAACUCACAGAGAUCCGCCUGGCUCUGCCUCCCGAGUGCUGGGAUUAAAGGCGUGCGCCACCACCGCCCGGCCAUAUUGCCUUUUUGUUCCAAGAACGAUAAGCAUAUCACUUACCUAGCUCAGCCUCUUCUCAGGUCAUUCCCUCUUCCUCCACACUCUUCAUGUGUAAGAUAUUGAAUCUUCAUUGUGGCAACCCUAAGGGAUUCAAGGCAGCACCAGCAUUUCUUAACCUUCACACAGCUGUAAGGAUCAUUCUCUUUUCAUUAAGAAAUGAGAAUUAUUUUUCUUUCAUGGUGAACAAGUCAGCCUCUUGCUUCUUCUCCAUAAUUAUGGCCCCACCUCUACUUGUUUUGUCCUUAACAUCCUUGGGCCAGCAUGCUCCCUGAAAAUUGUGGUCUGGUGUGCCAGUCUCAAAUCUCUUAGCUAUAUGCACUGUAUCAUAUCUCAGGGCCAGCAAAUACAUUCCUCCACCUUCUGCUAAACUACCAUUCUAGUCAUAUAAGAUGACACUGGAAAGACACACUGGGCCAAGCAGUACAUAUUGGCUUCUCUACCAAAAGCAAAUUCUGGAGUAGGCCUCACUAAACCAUGUUUGCUUUUAGGGAAGGUUAGAAAUGUUGGGUGAGAUUUAGGGUAUGCACCAGAUAGGGCCAGGCAGUGAAGGUGGACUGUGGAUGGGCCAGAGUGAGGAGAUCAUAGGAAGCCUGGGCAGCAAAGAAUUACCCACAAUUUCUACUUCAGGCAAGGAGCAAGAAAGUCAGCCAGAUUCUAUCUUGGGUCUUUCCAUGCUAAAGGGAUUCCAGAAUUCCUUCUGGUACUACUUAUAAGGCAUUAACUGCCAUUGCUAUCACUUAAUCAUCCCAGUUGAUUAUGGUCUGCAGUUUGACACACUCAUUGGUGGGUUUUCUUGCUUUUGUUGUUCGUUUUUUAGACAGCGUCUCACUAUAUAGCCCAGGCUAGCUUCAGACUCCCAGAUGUUAAAAUUAUAGGUGUGUGCCACCACACCUAGCUGCCCCUUCUUCUUUUAUGGGAACAUAAUAUGGAGUACCUUGGUAUGGGAUAUUACUUGCCUUAUACUAGCCCUUGCUACUCUGGGUAGCAAAAUAACUCCAGCAUCUCUAGCACUUGGGGCCUUCUUUACUGUGGCAAUCAUGGAGAGCAUGUGUUCACCAAAGAGGAAAUAGUUUCUAAGUAUUGUGAAUUAAAGUUAUGACCUUUAUUCUAUAUCUGGGCAAGACAGAAGAAGAGACUGUUGGGAGUGGACACAGGGAUGAGCAGUAAGCCAGGCUUAGGGGUCUAUAUUGAUAAUAUUCAUUUGGACACAUGCAUACGAUCAUGAUUUCAGGAAUUUCCAGCCAAGUCUUGAAUGACGGCACCUCUGCUUGAAACUUAGAAAAAUAAAUUCAUCUAAAAAAUCAUCCCAUGGUUUCAGAAAUGUUCACCUCAGUCCUAAGAACCUUAACACUUGUGCAUGAAAGCCAUGUGAAGGAAGCUUGAGUUCUUUUCUACCUAUGUCAUGCUAACAGGGGUCAUUUCCAGCACCUGCAUAGAUGUUCACAACAUAUGUUAACUCCAGUGCCAGGGAAUCUGAUGCCCCCUUCUGGCCCAUGUGGGCACCAGGCAUGCACACAGUACAGACAUAAAUGCAGGAAAGACAUCCAUCAAUGUAAAAUAAAAAUCUUUUUUUUUUUUUUUAAUCCUACCCUGGCAACACUUUCCCCUAUGCCUAGAUAGAUCAACUGAGAUUAGCUCCAAGGAUCGAUCUUCACUUAAAAAGUGAUAAUAAAACAGUCAGCAGCAGAGGAGAUGGCCACACUCUCUCUUGGACUUCAAUAAAUAGCCUCACAAAUGCAGCAUGAAUUUAUAUACAGUGACCAGAAUUGCACCCAAAAUGAAACCUGUGUCUUUUGGAUAUAUGGAGCUUUACGUAUGAAUGAAAUAUUCCUCAGUCCCCUGUUGAAGUUUAAGAAAACAGAGCAACAAGAAGGGUUGUUUCGUUUUAUAGCUUGCCCUAUAUAGAACAUUCCUUUUUUCCCCCGUUUGUUCAAUAUAUAGCUGCUCUAAAGCUAUAAAAUAUCUCUUCAGUGAAAAUUUAGACUAAUUUUCUGCCUCCCUGCUUUCUGUAGGAAUUUCUGAUUAAGCCUGAAGUCUGAGACAAUGGUCUUCCCAUUCAGCAUUCCUGCAAAGGACAUGCUUCUCAUCUGAUUGCAGGUUGCCUGUAUGCUAGAUUCCUCCAAAGUGGUCAUAUGUAAAACAAGAUUGCCUUUCCAAUCUAGAAGAAGUCUGCUUUCUUGUGCAGUGGUAGUUCAUUAGCACAUUCCAUAUAGAACUCUAUAUGGAUGCAUGUGCUGGUACUGUGUCUCGAAGACUUGGGCAGGAAUUUUACUAGGGGAUUUUUAUAAUGAUGUCCAUCCAUCUGCCUCCCAUGUAGUCACCAGAGCCAUGUUUCCUGGUGUUCCAUGAAGGACUGUCCUUGUGCAGGUGUAUCCUGAAAGCAGUAGUCAGUGGUGACUAUAGCAGACUCAUAGGUAGGAAUCUCAGCUGAGUCAUGUACUUUAGGAUCUGGAGCAAGUUGCUUGUCUACCACUUUACUUCAUCCAUGGAGUGACAGGGUCGUGUUGAAAGAUGGUGGUGGGGUGUGUCUGCGGUGCUUCCUUGUGCCACUCUAUGCACAGACACCACACAGCUCUUGGGGUACAUUGUCUUGGCUUCUCAUUAAGUCUUAUGAAACAGGCAUAGUUAUCCUGAUGUCUAAGAGGAAAGGUGACUUUUUAGGAGAAAGGGACCCACACAUCCAUACCAUUCUCACUUCUAAGCCAGCCCUCAGGAAGACUCACACUUUAGGUGGCCUUCUCUUUAAAAAAAAUAAUAAUAAUAAUUUAUUACUUUUUCAUACAAUAUAUCCCAGCUGCAGCCUCCCUUCCUUCCCUCCUCUUGUCCUCCCUUUUUCCCUGCCUCAGAUCCACUGCUCUUCUGUUUCCCUUCAGAAAAGAGCAGGCCUCCCAAUAAUAUCAACUGAACUAGGGCUAAAAUAUGUAUCAACAGCCUCUGGAAACGGCAAAGCUAUUGAUUAGUGAAUAGUGCCACCAUAACUAACCCACACUCAUUUUCCAUCCCACUCGGGCUGAGGAUGUGACCAUUUCCUCUCAGUUCAUGGCCCUGUAGCUCCAUAGGGUACAGAUGACAUAAACACACAGACCAUCACCUUUAAUUUACUCACCUUUACAGAGGAAGGACAGUAUUUUGUAAACUCAUUCAUGCCUGAAAAUACAGGAAGAUACACUAAGUGAUGCUUUUCCUAGGUGCUUUGUUUACAUAGACUUGAUUGGUUUUUUUAUUGAAAUUUCCCAAGCAGAAGCUGAAUGAGAGCCCUGAAAGGUGAAAUCUGAUUAUAGCUGUUCAGGGACUACAGAGAUAGAGGGGUUCUCUCUCCCCAUGUGCCAGUCCUACGGCAUUGAACAUGUCACCUAUGGUGACCCUUCCUGUAGGACCUCACCAUUUUACAGGUAAACGAACAGGUUUGGAAAUCAUCUCAGAGAGAAAGUGCUUGAGCUAUAUAUCAGUGAAGGUCAAGACCAAGAUUUAAGCUGAGGCUUCUGUCACCAUUCCAUCAAAGUAGCAUCCUUCAGUUGCUUUAAGGGUUUUAUUGUUCUAUACUGUUGUGCUGUACUGUGCUGUAUUGGAACUGUACAUAUUGGGCAAACUCAAUCACUAAUAUACAUUUCAGAACUUUUAAUUCCAUUUUAAUAGAAUUUUAUAAAAACAUAGGGUCCAAUAUACUUUUAUAAUCUUGUGUAAAUAAAUCCGUAACACCAAGAGUCAUGCUUUGAGGGAGGUACCCAAAGCCCUACGACUUUUCACUGUUCCUUCUCUAUGGUGGUAUUGUGUUCCCCAGAAUAUUGUACAUGCUAAUAAACUUAUCUGGGGUCACAGAACAGAGCAGCCACAAUAUUAAAUAGAGGAUAGUCAGUGGUAGCACAUGACUUUAAUCCUAGCAUUCCAGAGGCAGAAAUCCCUCUGGAUCUCUGUGAGUUCAAGGCCACAUUGGAAACAACCAGGCAUGAUGACUCACACCUUUAAUUCCAGAAAGUGAGCCUUUAAUCCCAGGGAGUGAUAGCAGAAAGCAGAAAGAUAUAUAAGGCUUGAAGACCUGAAACUAGAAGCAUUUGGCUGGUUAAGCUUUCAGGCUUUCGAGCAGCAGUUCAACUGAGAUCCAUUUGGAUGAGGACUCAGAGGCAUCCAGUCUGAGGAAACAGGAUCAGCUGAGGAAUUGGCAAGGUGAGGUAGCUGUGGCUUGUUCUGCUUCUCUGAUCUUCCAGCAUUCACCCCAAUAACUGGCCUCAGGUUUGAUUUUAUUAAUAAGAACUUUUAAGAUUCGUGCUACACUUCUCUAUGUCCUUGGGACUUGGGAGGACAGAAGAAAUUAGAUGCACCCACUUCAAGUACUUGGAGUGCUAAGAAGUGCUCAGAAGGUCACUCACUCCCAAUGGUAUGAGAAAGAUGAUUCUCUUUGGAGAAAUAAACAAAUGAAAGAGGUAAGCCAGGCAAGAUUCAGAGCUGAACAAAAGGCUACCAAGAGGAUCAUGUCUGACCAAUGAAGUGACCCAAUUAAUGUAAAUGCAAGUCCUACUUUCCAGAGGACUAGGUAGUGGCUAGCUUGUCUUGAUCAUGGGACAACCAUACAAAAUCUUUGGAUCUCCAAACUUAAACCUUUGUUUCAGCGAUGUUGUUAUCCUUCCUUUUAUGCUUUUAUAGUGAUUCAGACUCUGUUCAGGUUUUAGAGAUUUAAAUAAAAGAAAUUCUAACUGAAAUUUUCAUGUGCUACUUAGUAGGAUAGAGUACACUAGACUGAGAGUUUGUUGCAUGGGUGAGUCAGUUCAGAUUCUUGCUGAUAGCAACUGAAGACUUAAACAUGGUCCAAGUCUUAGAGAAUCUGAAGAUUUUUUUUUUCCAAACAUGAAAGAACAUGAAUCUCUCCCAUGCAUUUGCACUCCCAGGGCCUGUUAGGCAUAUGGGACUAGGGCUUGGCCUUCUUCAUGCUCCUGUUUUUCCAUGAUGGGAACAAGAAGCUAACUGAAGACUAGCACAAUCUAUAUCAAAUGCCUCCUCUUCUCAGAGGAGGUCUCACGAAGACCAAGGUUAUCUGGUCUUUAAUGAGAACUUCAAAGACAGGACUCUUCACCUUGCACUGACAGUUCCCAACCUUGACAUUAGAGUCAUGUGUGAUACUUUGACAAAUCCCAAUAACCUUGUCAUUCUGGAGCAGUUGCAUUUGAACUUCUAAGAGUGAAACUGAAGCAUCAGCAUUUUGGAAGCUCUUCAGGAGAUUGGGGGGUACAGCCACUGUUGGGAAACUGAUAUCUCUCACUAAGCCUAGAAGGGACCCUGCCUACCUGGAGUCAUCUUGUUAGCACUACUUUCCAAAGAACUAGGCAAUAAGCAAGUUGCUUUGAUGUGAUAUCAUCCUUGAUUUCUGGAUAUCCAAACUAAACCUUAUAUUCCAGGGUUUCUUUAUCCUGUGACACUUUUACAGUAGUUCAGGCUCUGUUUAAGCUUUAGAGUUUAAAUAAACUCACUGUAACUAAGAAUCUCUGUGCUUUUUUGCUCAGUAGGAUAAAGUACACAUUUCUUAUGACAUUCUUUGGAAUUGAGGAUGAUAUUAUGAGAUAGUGUUCUUUUUAUUAAAUUUUUAUUGAUUUAUUUUGCAUCUAUCUAUAUAUGCCACAGCAUGCAUAGGAAGAUCAAGAGGGGAACUUGAGAGAGUCACUUCUCUCCUAUCAUGUGGGUCUUGGAAUCUAACUUAAGAUACCCAGCUUGGUGGUAGGCACCUUCAUCUGCUGAGCCAUCUUGACAGCCCACAAGACAGUAUUAACAGCCUAGCAGAGUAAAUUUAAUUUCAGAAGAAUAGUGGAGACAUGUCUUCAAGAUUGGAACAUUCAUCCCAGGGAGAACUUUAAGUUUGAUGAGAGAGUAUUCUUUUCUACAUAGAAGUUGUAGUUUUUCCAUCUUGCACAUCUGUGAAUGGACUGUGGUUCAUCAACCAAGAAAAUGUCUUACAUACUUUCCUACAGGCAGUCUGAUGCAAACUUUUUUCCUCACUUGAGAUUCCUCUUCACAGAUAACUCUAGUUUGUUGACAAAAUAAAAAGGAGAAGGGAGGGAGGGACAGAGGGAGAGAAGGAAAGAGGGAGGGAAAAGCAAAGCCAACCAGGGCUUUGCCUGGAGUUUAUGCUUGUGACUUUCACAUAAUACAUUUUCAGGGUCAAUCUAUGUUGUAGCAUCUUUCAUUACUUUAUUCCACUUUGUUGCUGGUCGGACUCCACUGUGUGAAUACACUUCUGUAAAUUUAGUUACUCUUCAGUUAUCAGUGAACAUUUUGUUGCUCCUUUUUUUUUCCUCUUAAACAUCUUUGUACAAGUUUCCAGAAGCUAUUUCCAACCAUAUACUUUCAUUUCUUUUCAGUAAAUACCUAAGAGUGGACUAUUCAGGAUUUUACUCUGUGAGGAACUGCCAUGCUAUUCUCUAGAGUGUCUACACCACUGUGUAUUGCCAUCAGCAGUGUUCAAGGAUUCUGAUUUUGCCACAUUAUAAAUAAGCACUCAUUAAUACCUAUAGUUUGUAUUGUAGUUUAUACCCUUCUAUGUAUGAGGUGGCAUGAUGUAUAGAAUAAUGUAUACAUUUAUUACAAUAAACAUGGUUUUGACUUAGGUUGACUUUGAGACAUCUAAGGAAGGCUAAAAUAGGACACAGGGUACAACAUAACCUUGGCCCUGACCUUCUUGGUAUCUAAACUCCACUCUGAAAUUAAAGCCCGUUGCUAACUUUACAGUGCUUAAAAGAGAAAAUGUGACUGGGGUUAUUGGGAAAUCCCAUGGCAUGACUCAUCUUGCAGUACUAGAUGAGAAUCCUGCUUUUCAAUCUCAUGUAGCCCUUCCCUGGUACUGAUGAAAGAGGACGUUCUUCUCAGAUGGACAAGACAGUACCUUUUUAUACUGCUUCAUGGAGUUUUAGAAUGUAUCAAUCGAUAUGUAUAUAUGGUUUUUGGAAAGCCACCUGCUUCCCUGUACAAAUUCAACUGCUACUACAAAGACAUAGACCUCCUUAUUGCUAAUCCAGUUAGAUUUUGAAUCCUACUUAUUCUAUCUAACUGGUAACAUUGACUAAAUCUCCUCUUUGGAACUUCAUCUUUAGCUCUCUUCACUCCAGUUUCCUUGCCUGCUUUAUCCUGAAUCCCUAGUGUGUGCUGGUUUUCUCUGAGCAGGUCUGCAGUUGAAGUUCUGAUAGAGCUUCCUCUUGACUCCCUGCUUAUCUGUUUGAAUAAUCUCGCUUUUAAUGUGAAAACAUUGUUUCCUGGCAGCCUAAUUUCUCCACAUUGGUGGUGACUAGAUGUGUAUUGAUGGGCAUUACUCUCUAACUGCUGCUGUCAGAGCUCUUUGGGAAGCUCGUCAAUCUUGUGCUUUUUUAAUUGACAUCAAUAAUAUGUUUGCAUUUAUCAAUAUUUCCUAAUUACCAGGUUAUAACAGUGAAAUGUCUAUAAUAAAUCAUAUGUACAGAUAACUUCAGACAUUAGGGCUUUAGAUUCCUGCCAAUAUUUGGUGUGUUGUAAGUUGUUUUUCUGAGGAAUAUUUUGCAUGUGAAAGGAACUGUGCAGCAAGACAGAAAACUGAACCCAUGUUGCCAAAGGGCUAUAAGUUAAAGAUCCAGUCAUGCCAAUUUAAAUAACUGUCUCCAGAGCACCACAGUCCAUUCCACGAAGUUCAGUCUCUUGCCCUGAUGAAUGCAAAUGUAUCUCCCCUGAGAGUGACGAACUCUGCUGAGGGAGUAAACUAGAGUGUCAGAUGGGGAGGAAGCUAAGCGGGCCCUGUUUGCUUAAAUGGCUUGCCCAGAGUCAGUGACUUUACAGAACUGGGUUCAAAUUGGGCCCAUCAGAGUAGACUUGUGAUCCUUUAAGACAAGCUUAACGAAAUCCAAGAGAUCAUUCAGGUAUCAGAUCAAUCCGUGUUGCUGUUGAGGACAUAAGGCUCAGUUCUAAUUCUAAUCGAGAGCCCGUGCAAGAGUUGAGCAUUGCCUUUUGUAGUCAUGUCUCUUUAGUCUUAACAUGGAAUUCUUCUGCAAUCUUUUAUCACCGUUCAUGACACAGACAUAGGUAGCCCAGAAUGUUCUCCUGUCUGAGUUUGUCAGGUUGUUCUCUAGUGACACUCUCAAAAUUAGACCCUUGUCAAGAAGGCUGCAUAGGUAAUAUGCUAUUCUUCCCAUUGCUUUAUAUCAGGAAACUUAUAAUGUCCUCUGUACUAUUAUUGCUUCACACUUAACUUGGUCAUUUGUAAGAAUGGAUUUAACCAGAUAUUUCCAUUGUAAAAAUCCUGUUUCUCUGUAAUUACUAAUCUUUUUAUUUUUAAUAAAUAAAUCCCCAACGGCUUUUCA